UCAGAACACAGCAACAUACAUACAUUAACCAUAAAAAAAAGUUCACCCCUUCCAAUCUCUAACGCUAUUUCACAAUUCUCCAAUGGCGGCGACCCUGACCCGCCUCUCAAAGCCCUACUCAUCAUCAUUCUCACACUUUAGAAGAUUCGUAUCUUCUUCUUCUUCUUCUUCAGCCGCCGCCAUUUCAUCCGAGACCACCAAUCCUCCUUCUUCUCCUUUCACUUUCAACAACACCACUGCUCUAAGCCGCAAAGAUCCAAAGGACAGAAAUGUCCAGUGGGUUUUCCUCGGCUGCCCCGGCGUCGGCAAAGGCACCUACGCCAGCCGCCUCUCUUCCCUCCUCGGCGUCCCCCACAUCGCCACCGGCGAUCUCGUCCGCGAAGAACUCGCCUCCUCUGGCCCUCUCUCUCAUCAGCUAACAGAGAUUGUUAACCAAGGUAAAUUGGUUUCGGAUGAAAUUAUAAUAAGCUUAUUGUCAAAGAGGCUGGAGGCUGGGGAAACUAAAGGUGAAUCGGGAUUUAUUCUUGAUGGUUUCCCGCGAACAAUAAGACAAGCGGAAAUAUUGGAAGGGGUUACUGACAUUGACUUGGUGGUCAAUCUGAAGCUUCGGGAAGAUGUAUUGCUUGAGAAAUGUCUUGGAAGAAGAAUUUGCAGCGAGUGUGGGAAGAAUUUCAAUGUGGCCUCCAUCAAUGUCAAGGGUGAAAAUGGGAAUCCUGGUAUGAGCAUGGCUCCACUUCUUCCCCCUUCACACUGUAUGUCAAAGCUCGUUACUCGGUCAGAUGAUACCGAAACAGUAGUAACAGAACGGCUGCGUAUAUACAAUGAAAAGAGUCAGCCUGUGGAGGAAUUUUAUCGUAGUCGAGGAAAAAUAUUGGAGUUUGAUCUGCCAGGAGGGAUCCCAGCUUCCUGGCCAAAAUUGCUGGAAGCUCUCAAUCUUGAUGACUAUGAGGAGAAGCAGUCCGCUGCAGCAUAAGCUGUUUUACUGUACCUUUGAAGCUGGCCGAGCUGGUUGGCUCUAGUAUUGCCAAGCAGUAAGUUACACAGCUGCAUACAUUGAAUCAGGGCACAUUACCAGCUCUUGACUGCAAGAGUUUGAGCAGUGCGAGAUAGAUUGUGCUGCACAUUUUUACCUAUUUAAAACCUUCUCAAGUUGAUUUGAUACUGUACAUUUUACCUAUUUAAAUCCUUGUCAAAGUCGAUUUGAAAAUUGGAAUAUAUACCACAGAAAUUAAGUGCAUAAAAUGAAAGCUUAUUUCAUCAUCAA